UCUCAAAAACCAUGACGGUAAACUCCUAUUAACGCCCUCCAUCUUCAACCAAAAGAAAAAGAAAAUCGAAGAAAUGUCCUUGAAAAGCAUAACAGCAAUCACUUGCGUGCCUCGUACCCGCUACUUCUUCCUCAAUUUCCUCAACAAAUCCACCACUCUCUCACACUUAACCCAACUCCAUGCCCAGCUCCUCCUCAGCGGUCUCCAGGACGACCUCGCGGUUGCCACUAAGCUUACCCACAAGCUCUUCGACUUCAGCUCCACCCACCACGCACGUGCCCUCUUUUUCACCGUCCCAAAACCUGACCUUUUCUUAUUCAACGUCCUCAUUAAAGGCUUAUCUGUGAAUAACUCGCCUUUGUCCGCCAUUUCGAUUUUUACCCAUUUGAGAAAAAGCACUGAUCUUUAUCCUGAUAACUUUACUUAUGCUUUUAUUAUAUCUGCCGCAACGAGUUUCGGGGACAUGAGAGUUGGACUUGUAUUGCAUGGGAAGGGAAUUGUUGAUGGAUUUGGUUCAGAUUUGUAUGUGGGUUCUGCUCUUGUCGACAUGUAUUUUAAACUUUGCCGAGACGAUUUAGCACAUAAGGUGUUUGAUGGAUUGCCUCAUAGAGAUACCGUUUUGUGUAAUACAAUGAUUUCUGGGUUGUCAAGGAUGUGUUGCUUCGAGGGUUCAAUUAAUCUUUUUAAGGAUAUGGUUUCUGGUAACGGGCCGCGGUUUGAUUCAACCACAGUGAUUGCAGUGUUGCCGGCUGUAGCAGAAUUGCAGGAGUUGAGAUUAGGAAUGGGGAUUCAAUGCUUGACAAUAAAGCGUGGCUUUCAUUCUCAUAUUUCAGUGCUUACGGAUUUGAUUUCAUUGUAUUCUAAAUGUGGGGAUGUUGGGACGGCAAGUAUAUUGUUUAGGGAUAUUGGUAGAAAAGAUUUGAUAUCUUGUAAUGCUAUGAUUUCAGGAUUUACUUCUAAUGGUGAUACAGAGUCUUCAGUGAGAUUGUUCCAAGAGUGGCUUAGUUCUGGGGAGAAGGUCAAUUCUAGUUCGAUUGUGGGAUUGAUUCCUGUAUGUUUCCCUUUUGGUCAUUUAUCUCUUACUAACUGCAUCCAUGGUUUUUGUGUGAAAUCUGGCACUGCUUCGCAUUCUUCUGUUUCAACUGCAUUGACCACAGUAUAUAGUAGAUUAAAUGAAAUGGAAUCAGCACGACAACUAUUUGAUGAAUCUUCAGAGAAAACUCUAGCUUCUUGGAAUGCCAUGAUAGCAGGUUAUACCCAAAAUGGUUUAACAGAAACAGCAAUUUCUCUUUUCCGGGAAAUGCAGAUGUCUAACAUCAGUCCAAAUCCCAUCACAGUUGCUAGUAUUCUUUCAGCUUGUGCUCAACUUGGAGCCUUAAGUCUAGGAAAAUGGGUGCAUGGAUUAAUUAAGGGUAAGAGCUUUGAGUCUAAUAUAUAUGUCUCGACUGCUUUAAUUGACAUGUAUGCAAAAUGUGGGAGUAUAUUAGAGGCUCGGCAAUUAUUUGACUUGAUGCCACUGAAGAAUGAGGUAACUUGGAAUGCUAUGAUUUCUGGGUAUGGUCUCCAUGGCCAUGGGCAGAGAGCUCUAAGACUCUUCUAUGAUAUGUUAGAAUCUGGCAUUCCACCAACUAGGGUCACUUUUCUUUCUGUAUUGUAUGCUUGCAGUCAUGCUGGUCUAGUAAGGGACGGUAAUGAAGUUUUCCAUUGCAUGGUUCAUGACUUUGGGUUUGAACCCUUAGCUGAGCAUUAUGCAUGCAUGGUUGACAUCCUUGGCAGAGCUGGACGGUUGGAGCAUGCUUUGGAAUUUAUCAAGAAAAUGCCAGUUGAGCCAGGUCCUCCUGUUUGGGGUGCCUUGCUCGGUGCUUGCAUGAUUCAUAAAGACACAAAACUAGCUAGUAUGGCUUCUGAAAAGCUAUUUGAAUUGGACCCACAAAACAUGGGUUAUUAUGUUUUGAUGUCAAAUAUUUACUCCACUGAGAGGAACUAUCCACAAGCUGCUUUGGUGAGACAAACAGCUAAAAAUAGAAAGCUGAUAAAGACUCCAGGCUGCACCUUAAUUGAGGUAGGCCAGGUCCCACAUGUUUUCACAUCUGGUGAUCAGUCCCAUCCUCAAUCAGCAGCAAUAUAUGCUGAGCUGGAGAAAUUGACUGGAAAGCUGAAGGAGGCUGGAUUUCAGACAGAGACCGACACUGCUUUACAUGAUGUGGAGGAAGAGGAGAAGGAACUAAUGAUGAAGGUUCACAGUGAGAAGUUAGCCAUUGUUUUUGGCCUUAUCUCUACUGAACCCGGAACUGAAAUUAGGAUUACUAAGAAUCUCCGGGUUUGUUUAGACUGUCAUACUGCAACCAAAUAUAUAUCCAAAAUCACAAACAGAUUCAUUGUGGUAAGGGAUGCCAAUAGGUUCCAUCAUUUCAAGGAUGGCAUAUGUUCUUGCGGGGACUAUUGGUGAUAAAAUUGUUCUCUACACUGAUUAAGGCAUGUGAGUUUGGAAUAACCAUCCAAUGUGUCAGUUUCAUGCUGAUUAUAUAACAGUGGCACAGUCAUUUUGAGAA